AUGGCCAACUCUACCCAAAUCAGAGGUACAACAACUUCUGGUGUCACCACUUCAUUGAUUUCAAAUGGUGCCAUCUUUGGUGUAUUUUUGGCGGCUUUUGUUCUUUUAAGAUUGAGAUUUUUGAGAAUUUAUCAACCAAAAUCUUCAUUCAAUUUAAUCAAUGAUGAGAAAAAACCUGAACCUUUACCAAGUGGUAUUUGGGAAUGGAUCUUCCCAUUGUUGAAAAAAUCAGAUAAUUUCAUCAUUAGACAAGCUGGUUUAGAUGGUUAUUUUUAUUUGAGAUAUUUGUUUUUAGUUUUCGGUAUUUGCCUUGCUGGAUUAUGUUUAUUUUUCCCAAUUUUAUUGCCAAUUAAUGCUACAGGUGGUAAAGGUAGUACUGGUCUUGAUCAAUUGUCUUUUUCAAAUGUUAAGUAUCCUGGAAGAUUCUAUGCUCACGCGUUUCUGAGUUGGAUUUUCUAUUUUGGUGUCUUGUAUGUCAUUUAUAGAGAAUUGGUUUUCUAUACUUCAAUUAGACAAGCAGUAUUGGCAUCUCCAAGAUAUGCUAGAAAAUUAUCUUCAAAAGUUGUUUUAUUUCAAACAGUUCCUGAACAAUAUCUAAGUGAAGAGGAAUUUACAAAGUUAUUUGAAGAUGUUAAAAAAGUUUGGAUUGCACGUUCUCCAAAAGAAUUACGUUCAAAAGUUGAAGAACGUGAAAAAUUGGCUAAUAAGUUGGAAGCUGCAGAAAAUACCAUUUUAAGAAAUGCUAUGAGUCGUAAAUUAAAAGCUGAAAAGAAAGGUGAAACAUUAUCAAAUCCUGAUGAAAUGGAAACUUAUGUUCCAAAGAACAAAAGACCAACUCAUAGAUUAAAACCAAUCUUUGGUAAAAAAGUUGAUACAAUUGAUCACAUCAAAGAAGAAUUACCAAAAUUAAAUCAAGAAGUUAUGGAUUUACAAUCAUCUCAUAAAGAUUUCAAACCAUUCAAUUCCGUUUUCGUUGAAUUUGGUUCUCAAUAUUCUGCACAAAUGGCUUUCCAAUCAGUCACUCAUCAUACUGCCCUUCACAUGUCACCUCGUUAUAUUGGUCUUGAACCAAGUAACAUUGUUUGGAUGAAUAUGAGAUUGUUUUGGUGGGAAAGAUUAGUUAGAAGAUUUGGUGCGUUAGCUGCUAUUGUGGCUUUAAUUAUCUUUUGGUCUGUUCCUGUUGCAUUUGUUGGUAUGAUUUCAAACAUCAAUUACAUUAUUGAAAAACUUCCAUGGUUAGGAUUUUUGCAUCGUUUACCAAAAGACUUAUUUGGUAUUUUGACAUCUUUAGCUCCUACAGUUGCAUUGGCUUUAUUGAUGAUGUUAUUGCCAAUGUUUAUUAGAUUCAUGGCUAAAGUUGCAGGUGCUCCAUCAGUUCAACAUGUUGAAUAUUUCACUCAGCAAGCUUUUUUCGCAUUCCAAGUUAUUCAAGUGUUUUUAGUCACCACUAUCUCCUCAUCAGCUGCAUCAACAGCUACACAAGUUGCAGAAGAUCCUACAAAAGCUAUGUAUUUAUUAUCUGAAAAUUUACCAAAAGCUUCAAACUUCUAUAUUUCUUAUAUUAUUUUACAAGGUCUUUCAGUUUCAUCAGGUGCCUUAUUACAAGUUGUUACAUUAGUUUUAUUUUAUGUUUUGGGUGCAGCUUUUGAUAAAACCCCAAGAAAGAAAUGGACAAGAUUUACAAACUUGGGAACUAUGGCUUGGGGUACAGUUUUCCCAAUUUUCACUAAUUUGGCAGUUAUUACAUUCACUUAUGCAGUUAUCUCUCCUUUGAUUCUUUUAUUUGCCACUGUUGGGUUCUUUUUGGUUUAUGUUGCUAAUUUAUACAAUUUAACUUAUGCAUUCGCUGAAGCACCAGAUGCUAGAGGUAUGUUUUACCCAAGAGCUUUGUUCCAAACCUUAGUUGGUGUUUAUUUAGGUGAAAUUUGUUUGUUGGGUUUAUUUGUUGUUGCAAAAGCUUGGGGUCCUUUGGUUUUAAUGGCCAUUGCAUUAGGUGUCACUGUUUUUGUCCAUACUAAUUUGAAUUCUGCUUUUGAUCAUUUGAUGACUGUUGUUCCUGUUGAUACUAUGAAACCAUUAGAUGGUAAAUCUGAUACACCAUCGUUCAACUCUGGAGCUAUCAAUCAAGUUUCUGUUAAAAGAUUUUCCAAGGAUUCAUAUCCAGAACAAUCUUCAAUGAUGGAUAGAUCAAGUUUUAGAGGUGUUCAAUAUGAAAUGGGUGAUUUGAGUAGAUUCUCAUUGGAGAAAAACCGUUAUGGUUCAAAUAUUCCAUUAUUAGCCGAUGGUGAUACAACACUGAUCCCACCAGCACCUUUAUGGAAAAGAUUUUUCCAACCUCACAUCUACUUAUCUUAUAAAGUUGUCAAGACAAGAGUUCCAGAUAUUUAUAAUUAUGCUGAUCCAACUGAAAACCAAGACCCAGAAUAUAUUGAACAUGCAUAUGAUUAUCCAGAUGUUUCUAAAAAAAUGCCAUAUUUAUGGAUCCCAAGAGAUCCAAUGGGAUUAUCAACUAAAGAGAUUGACAAUUUCAAAGGUAUUAUUGAAAUUAGUGAUGAAAAUGCUCUUUUCAACGAAAAGGGUAAAGUUGUUUGGACUGGUGCUCCUCCUUCAUAUGAAGAAAGUGAAGGUAUCUUGAACGAUGAUGAGAAAGAUGUCAAGAAAUAUACUUCUUGA